CAUUACCAAGCCCUAAUAUUCCAAACCCUAAUUCCAAUUUCACCAUUCCUUCAGCCGAAUCACCAACUCGAACGCGUGCUAUAAAAGCAGAGCAGUGGAGUUCAGAAAUUUCAUUCACCACUUAGGGGGUAUGGACCUCAAAGAAGCUGUUAAGGACAAAAUCCCAUGGGAUGGAAAUCUCUCUUUAAAUGAAUUUUCCCUUUCUGCUUCUACAUUUUCUGAUAAGUGGAAAAUGUUCAAUCAUUCAUUUCCUCCAUGGCUGUGGAACCCUUGUCCAAAACACCAUUUGAAUUCUUCUCAUAAGGUGGAAGGAUACUUAUCACUUGAGAAUGUGUGUCUUGUCAAGUCAUGCGAGGAAGAAAAGAACCACAGAAGUCUGUCAUGGAAAGAAGAGAGCAACAUCUCACAGGCAGAAGAGCCCUUUGAUCAUGCAACUUUAGUUUGUCCAGAGUUUGAAGCAAACCACUAUGAUUUUCACAUUGUCUACAGUCCAUCAUAUAGAGUUCCGGUGUUGUAUUUCCGUUCAUACUAUAGUGAUGGACAGCCUUUGCCGCUCAGUGAAAUCGAAAAGGAUCUUCCUGGUCAUUCUGCAGAGUUGCUACUAGAAUCAAAAUGGACAUUUAUAACUCAAGAGGAACAUCCAUAUUUGAAUAGACCAUGGUACAAGUUACAUCCAUGUGGGACAAGGGACUGGAUGAAACUGCUUUUAAGCGAUACAUAUACAUCUUCGAAUAAAAACUUUAUCGAACAAUAUCUGGUGUCUUGGUUUUCGGUUGUUGGUCAAGUGGUAGGCCUUAAAAUCUCUUUGGAAAUGUUGAAUAUUGAAGAAAAAAAAGUUGUUUGAAACUACAGCAUCCGACAUUUUCGAAUAGUUAUAAGAUUCACUAUUUGGCUAACAACUGGAAACUGGUAUAUACCAUAUAUUACUAAAAUGAUGUAAUUGGGAAAAAAUUUGUGGAGAAGUUUAGAUUUUUAGUAGAUGGGGAAUAUUUUCUCCUUAUUUUCUUCUUUCUUCUUCGAAAUCAUCUUUCCUACUAUGUUUUGAAUACAUGAAAUACUGUUGUCUACUACCUGUAUAGAACUAAAUGGAAUUUAA